AUGUGGGAUGAUGGACAUAAAUAUGAUUUAGUUUUUUUCCGAUCAUCAUCAUCCUAUAUAGCACCAAUAUUAAAUAAUUCAGACGAGUACAUCGAACGUGAAUAUCCUCAAAAAUGUCAGAUAAAGAGAACUGAUACAAUUCUUAUUGCUUCGCGUAAAGUAUUAAUAAUUUUAAAAAAAAAAAGUUUAACACAUCAAGAUCAGUCAGUUAAACAAAUUUUUGUACGUAAAAUUCAUUAUAUUCUAUCAAAUUCAUAUUAUUAUGAAUAA